UUUCAGGAAGAAAAAAGAACUACUUCCGCCGUAAACGGGAAGUUGAAAGCUGCUGUCUUGCCUGUGUCAUUUGGAACGCACGUUACUGUCUCUAAGCAUCUAUGUCUUUCCGCCGGGAGUUUCGUGCUCUGCGCUAUAUUCAGCGAGGUGAUGUGCUCAAACUGAAGUCCUAUCUCCGCCGGCACAGGCACUUGCUCCUAGACCAGCCUCUGCCAGAUGGGUUGAGUCUUCUGCAUGCUGCCUGUGCGUUUCAUGAGGAUGCGUGCGCCCUGCUCCUGCUGCGCAAAGGGGCAAACCCUUUAAAUACCGACACUGCAGGAAACAACGCUCUGCAUGUGGCAGCUAGGGAGGCAAAGAAUGGAUGGAAGGAGGCAUACCAAGAUCUUGUUGUCCCAAUACUCAAGCGAUGCCCAAAAGCCAUGGAUGCCCCGAAUUUUCAGGGUACCACCCCAAGAGAAAUCCUGAGACAAGUAGAACAUCUCAUUUUUGAUCAACCCCAGCAAGCAUGUUCCACAUGGACACAAAGAGAACCAUCCUCUUCAGAUAAGGCAGACUGGAAUUUGAAGAUUAUGGCAGAGAGCAUGGAUGAGUAUCAGGAGAUGUACGGACUUUAUGAGGAUGACUUUUCGGAAAUCCUACCUGAACCUGAAACUUUUGAGGACUGGGCUGAUCGUAUUUACAGGGAGUACCAGGCUAGGCAUUGCCAGUCACAGGACUGUGGAACCAAAGCACAGAGGGGUCUUGUUGGCAAUACAGUCAGUAAAUUGGAGGAGCAAAAAUAUCUGGACAGACAAAAACAAAUGACCAAUGAGCUGCGCAGUGCACAAAGAAAGCGGUAUCAAAAACAGUGUGAGGAAGUCUUUGGAAGAGUGGGCUCGGACAGAGAUAGUGACAUGAAACCGGCAGAUGUGGAUGGACAGAGAAUCAUUCACAAAACAGAUACAGAAAUGGGAGAAGACAAUAGUAGCAAAGGCAAUAAAGUGUCAGGUACCAAUCUGUUGGGGUACAAUGACAUACCUUGGCCUGUGCGAGGAGGCACUGCUGAGGAGAUGGCACAGUAUAUAGCAGCAGGCGCAGACUCUUCAACCCCUACUACAUACAGACGUUACCUUCGGACCCAACAGGUAACAUGGCAUCCUGAUCGCUUCUUUCAGCGAUGUGGAAGUCGUCUUCGAGCAGGAGAUCGGGAACGAGUGCUUGGGACUGUUACAGCCUUGUCACAAGAACUCAAUAGACUGGCAGAACAAGUGAAGUGAGACAUACUUCUUCACAUAAUGUUAUUUCCUGGGACAUUUUAUCUGCAUUUUACUGGGGGUUAUUUAUCAGCACUGAGCAACUUUGCACCUGGACAGUAACCCAUAGCAAACAGUCAUUUGCUUUUUUUCAGCCAGCUGCGGGUAGAAAAAUUAAAGUGAAUGUUUGGUUGCUGUUGGUAACUACCCAGAUGCAAAUUUGCCCAUUUUUGAUAAAUGAGCUCCACCGUUCAAUUUGUAUGAAAUUUAUACACAGAUGUAGAAAUUAGCUUUUAAAAAAUGCAUAAAUUAUAUACAUUCAGAUGCUAAAAUUUGAUGCAGUACAAGAAGAAUAUCCAAAUACAAGUUGUAAUGUAGAACAAAA